UCAGAUCGUUUGAAAGGCUGUGGAAAACGGUAGAUACCCGGAUACGUCACCAUAAAAACGUCACUUUAUCACGAAGUUUAUAUGUGUGUAUUGACUGGUUAACAGUUCAAUCUUGUCAACAUUUUUCAAUAAGUGUUAUUCAAAAUUUAAAGUGUGUGCAGAUUUAAAUAUAUUCAUAACGAAAUAAUUAUUUUAUUAGAUUUAUUUAGCGGUUAUUUAAAAAUAUGGUGAAACCUGUGAGAAAAAGUUCCAACAAAAACCCUCCUGUUUUUAGUCAUGAAUUUAUUAUCCAAAACCAUGCAGAUAUUGUAUCCUGCAUUGCAAUGGUUUUCGUUGUGGCCUUAAUGAUACAGGCCACCUCCCCAAUAGCGUCAAUUUUUAUUGCACUUCAGCACAAUGCAACUAGUGGUGCUGUAGGGGAAAUUCCACUUUAUCAAUCUGGAAUUAAGGAUUGGGCAGCUGUUUUCUUUUAUAGUUUAAUUUGCAUUGUUAUUCAUGCAGUCUUUCAAGAAUAUGUUUUGGAUAAAAUUACCAAGAAAAUGCAUCUUUCUAAAUCAAAGCUGGCAAUAUUCACAACCAGUGGUCAUCUCUCUGUUUUCUAUGCUAUUUCUACCAUAUGGGGCUUGGAUAUUAUUAUAAGAGAAAGUUACUUGCCUGAUGUUGCUCUUUUGUGGUCAGAUUAUCCACCACCAAUGAGUUUUGUCAUGAAAUUAUUUUUCAUCAUCCAGCUUGCUUAUAGCCUCCAUGAACUUCCAGAAAUAUACUUUCAACGUGUCAAAAAGGAUGAAUACUUUGGCAAAGCUUGCAGUAGCAUAGUCUCCCUUAUUUUAGUGGCAAUUCCUUACUUCUUAAACUUCAACAGGCUUCUCAUAUGUCUUCUUGUACUUCACUACACAUCUGAACUGGUUCAUCAUAUUGGUCAACUUAUUCAGACUGUUGACAAGGAUGAAAAGUUCACAAAAGCAACAAGUGCUGUUACUUUGGUGGCUUUAAUACUCACAAGAUUGGGAAGUAUUAUCCUUGCAGUUCUCACCCUUUGGUAUGGAUUGGCUUUACAUGAACAAACAGAAUUUGAUUACCAAGCAGGAUAUUUUAACACAGCUCCUGUAAGACUGGGUUUGCUUGGCAUUAUUUUAGGUUUGCAAGUGUACUUAACUUGCAGUUUAAUUAAUCAAGAGUUGGCAAAAGCUAGAGAAAAUAAAGUUUACACUACAGUUUCCAAGUCUAAGGGUUUGAAGAAAGACAAAUCAAAGAAAUCCAAGAAAGGUAGCGUUGACGAGUCUGAUUUACCCGAAGUUGAUCAAAACACCAACAAAAAUUUGAGAAAGCACAAGAUUAAAUAAGGCCGAAAUUGUUGAUACAAAAGACCUUAAAAUUAUCUUUCAAAUGCAGACAUCAGCGUUAUUAAUAAUAAUAAUAAAAAUAAUCGUAAAACGUUGUUCUUCAAAAGAAGCAAGUGCUUAUUAACAAAAAAUUACGCCAAAUAGGAUCGGACUCUAUCUAUAUGUAUAUAUUUUUGACAAAUCGUAAAUUCCAAGGCCGUUUGCCAUAAACUUUCUGACUAAAAAAUUGCGAUAAAUAUACGUUGCGAAAAGGA